CUUCGAUCCUAAUUUUAUUACUAAAUCCUUGAACCUUAAAAUUUCAUAAAAUCUCAAUUUAAAACUUUAAAAUCCUUAAAAUCAACGAUUUGUUUGAUUUUGUAUGAUUUCAAAGUUCAUGUUAAUUGGCUCGUUAACUAACUCGUUUACUAAUGAGCCGAGCUUGAGCCAGAUCCAGCAUAGCGAGCUUGAGUUCAAGUCGAAACACCUUCAACCCAGGCAUCUGAACCCAAUCGACAGCAGUUCCUCUAGCCUUUGAUAGGAACUCUGUUAAGGUCUCCUCCGCAAUGGAGAGCAGUGUAAAAACACAGUCACAACUUCCAUCAGUUGCUGCCGACCCUUACACAAGCAUACAUUCAAAGAUAACAAGAAUCAAAUUGAGGAUCCUAAUUACAUACUUAUUGGUACUACAGGUAUUACGUUACAUGACGGUGCUCUCUUAAGUUUGGGGGUUAACGUCGUUGGCAAUGUGAUGUCUAUAGUGAUCCCAAGUAGGGCUGCAAAUGAGCCGAGUCAAGCCGAGUUUUACCCCAGUAACGAGUCGAGCUCGAGCUCAACUCGUUUAUUAACGAGCCGAGCCGAGUCGAGUUCGAGCUAGCUUGUUUAAUAAAAUCUUGACUUUUAUUUGGUACUUCAUUUUGUAUAUCAUGAUACAUUUGAUUUAUUUUGUUAGCUAAUCUCAUAUUAUACUUUGUUGAUAUCAUAUAUCAUUUAGUUAUAAAUUUUAACUACUCCAAAUCAUAUUAUUUCAUAGUAUCGAAGCAAUCUAUGAUACAUAUUUUCAUUUAAAAAUAGAAAAUAAGAUAUAUUUGCUCACAUACUCAACGUGUUAAACUUUAUAUAUGGCGAGAUAUAUAAUUUAACAACCAUAUGAAUUAAAAUCAUAAGAUAUAUACAUUGAUUCGUCCAUAAGUCGGUAAUCGAGUUGGCUCUCUAGCCACAUGUUGAGACAUAUCAUGAGCUCUGAACGAGCCAAUUCACGAGUUUAGCUCAACAAGCCACCGAGACGAGCUAUCUCGUGAGCUUCACGAGCUGAACAAAGUUUAGCUCAUGUUUGGCUCAUUUAUUAACGAGCCGAGUUUCGAACGAGUUUUUCUCGAGUCGAACGCCGAGUUGCUCGCGAGCAGCUCGGCUCAUUUGCAGCCCUAAUCCCAAGAAAGAAACACUUCUAACUGCUCAAAAUUUUGUGCAUGCGAUAGCUUUCUUUAGUUCUUGAUUUAUUGACAUGCAAUAUUGCUCUAUAGUGUUGCAUGAUUUGAUAGUUCUUGAUUUGUUGACAAUAACAUAAAGUUGUACCAUGUCUUCUUAAUAAAUCGGCUCGGCUCAAAAAACUCUUGUAUCAUUCUCAAAAUAUCGCAAGCUUAAAUCUUAUGUUUUGCGGAUGAUCUCCUUAUGUUUACACCCACUUUCUUUCGAAAUUCGGCUAAUUAAAGCCGGUAAUCGGCGACCUUAACGAGCCGGAGCUUUCUGUCUCCGAUCACCAAGGCGUGGUUUCUCAACAGUGACAGACUUUCUGAAAUUGAGAGCUUUGAAACUUCAAACAACCCGACCAUAUAGAGAUGAACAAGUCAAGUCUCAAAGUCUCUGUUCCGCUUUUUUCCACACGCACUUGGUCAGUUAAUGCAACUCAACGAACCACCGUCUUCCUCCUCAGUUCCCAUUUCAAACUAUCCAGAGCAACCCCACAGCUCCAAUCUGACCCAGUCACCUCCACCUUCCGUCCUCUAUAAAACGAAUCCUCCUCAAUCCCAAACUAUCCAAUCAAAUUCAAACCCACUCAUCCAAAAAUGGCUCCAUCCACCAUCACCCCCAAACUCCUCCUCUCUGUUUUCCUCGUCGGAGCUCUGGCCGCCGCCGCCGCCGCCCAGAACUGCGGCUGCGCUUCCAACGAGUGCUGCAGCAGGUGGGGCUUCUGCGGAACCAGCCCGGAUCACUGCGGGGCAGGCUGCCAGAGCGGGGCCUGCAGCAGAAACGAAGUUCAGGUGGCCGACAUCGUCACCCCUGCAUUCUUCAACGGCAUCAUGGACCAGUCCGACGCCGGUUGCGCCGGGAAGAGCUUCUACUCCCGCGACGUCUUCGUCCGGGCCCUCGGGUCGUACCAAGGCUUCGCCCGGCUCGGGUCCGAGGACGACUCCCGGCGGGAAGUCGCCGCCUUCUUCGCCCACGCCACCCACGAAACUGGACACUUCUGUCACAUAGAGGAGAUUGAUGGAGCAUCCAGGGAUUACUGCGAGGAGGAUAACACACAGUUUCCUUGCAAUCCAAGCAAGGGUUACUACGGCCGGGGUCCGCUCCAGCUGUCCUGGAACUUCAACUACGGCCCUGCCGGAGCUCAGAUCGGAUUUGACGGGCUCAACGCCCCCGAAACGGUGGCGACUGAUCCCGAAAUCUCAUUCAUGACGGCGCUAUGGUUCUGGACCAACAAUGUGCAGCAGGUGAUGGGUCAGGGAUUCGGGGCGACCACCAGGGCCAUUAAUGGCGCUCUGGAGUGCGACGGAAGGAACUCCGCAACCGUGCAACGCCGUGCCGAGUUUUACACCGAGUACUGCCGCCAGCUCGGUGUUGCUCCUGGGGAUAAUCUCACAUGUUGAUGAAAAAGUGGCAAUAUAUAUGUAAUGUUUGC